AUGUCCUACAACUCGAAAGCCUCUGCGCUGCAACAGCCACAAGAUCCGCAAAAGGAUUCAUCUUCAUCCCAACCACCAGCCUACUCCUCCCCUGCAUUCAGAACAACAUUCGGCUCCGUCUCCCUCCACAUGAGCGACCGAAUCCGCUUCGUCCAAUUCCCACCCGAAGACAUCGCCGUCAUAAAGAACACCAUACAGCGCUCCUGGGCAUGGGGCAUCCAAGCCGAGCGCCCGUACUCGGUCUCAUACGAAUUCAAGCUGCGAGGAAGUCCCUGGAGCGGUUCCGGCACCGGCUCAUACGCCGUGCCUGCGCUUAUACUCAUGCGAGAGGUAUUUGCGAGCCUGUACUCCAUGGGCUGGAUAAUGACAGCGUCAACCGACAUAUCGCGCAAGAAGUUCGACAAGGAUACGCUGAUAUUCCGCAAACAACCUGUGCCACCGCCGGCUGCUACCUGGACGGCUAUUUCGUUCAAGACGGGGGAUAAGCUGCGGUUUUUGGGGGCGCCGCCGGAACUCAUAGCCGCGUUUUCUACGCUGCUUAAGAAUAUGAAGCUGCUGCAGUCGGAGGCGGUCAAGGACCCGAGGCUGCAGUAUCAUGAGUUUAAACUCUAUGGGUAUCCGUGGGCGGCGACUGGUGAAGAGACGAUGAAGACGCGUGUGUUGAUUCUGAAGUUGGUUGAGUUGUUGGAGCUGCAUGGCUGGAGUUUGUAUGCGAGUAUUGAUCAGAAUAGCGGUCCUUCAGGCGAUUCGAAUUACAGCGAGACGGAUAGUUGGUAUUGUGUGAAGUCUUCGGACUGGCGGCCGGGGAGUAUCAUUUUGCAUAGGUAG